CCGACACGGACCGCAUCUAGCAGCAGCAGCAAGCAGCAGUAGCAGCACACACCCCUCAGCCAGUGAUGCAUCCCCAUGGCAAGGACACCGACAACUCCUCCUCAGAGUCGUCUCGACUUUAGGAUGGUGCAGAAAUCCCUCAACGGCGGGGUUUACCCAGUUGAAGCCGGAGAGAAAAAGCAAAAAGUAGGCUUCGUCGGCUUGGACCCCGGCGCUCCGGAAUCCACCAGGGAUGGGGCGCUGCUCAUUGCGGGCUCGGAGAGCACCAAGCGGGGUGGCAUCCUCUGCAGACCCAGAUCCAGCAUCUCCUGCGGGAGACCCAGACCGUCGAAGAAAAAUGCCAGCUACCGGAAACUACAGAGUUUCCUCUACAACGCGCUGGAGAGACCGCGGGGAUGGGCGUUUGUCUACCACGCUUACGUCUUCUUUUUGGUCUUCUCCUGCCUUAUCCUGUCAGUGUUUGCCACCAUCAAAGAAUAUAAAGACAACUCAGAAAACGCUUUGUACAUCUUGGAGAUUGUGACCAUUGUGGUUUUUGGAGUUGAGUACAUUGUGCGGAUAUGGGCCGCUGGAUGUUGCUGUCGCUACAGAGGAUGGAGGGGGAGGUUAAAGUUUGCCAGAAAGCCUUUCUGUGUCAUAGACAUAAUGGUGCUGAUCGCCUCUGUGUCGGUGCUGGCAGCUGGAUCUCAGGGGAAUGUCUUUGCCACCUCAGCCAUCAGGAGUUUGAGAUUCCUGCAGAUCCUGCGUAUGCUUCGGAUGGACCGCCGUGGAGGCACCUGGAAGCUCCUCGGAUCUGUUGUUUAUGCCCAUAGCAAGGAGCUCAUCACAGCCUGGUAUAUUGGUUUCCUGUGCCUCAUCCUGGCUUCCUUCUUGGUCUAUUCUGUAGAAAAAGAGUCCAAUGAGGAGUUUGAAACAUAUGCUGAUGCUCUGUGGUGGGGACUGAUCACUCUCACCACCAUCGGUUAUGGUGAUAAAGUUCCCAAAACGUGGAAUGGACGCUUGCUGGGAGCUGCAUUCAGCAUGAUAGGCGUGGCUUUCUUUGCCCUUCCUGCUGGCAUCCUGGGCUCUGGCUUCGCCCUCAAAGUUCAGGAGCAGCACAGACAGAAACACUUUGAGAAGCGGCGUAACCCUGCAGCAGGCCUCAUCCAGGCUGCCUGGAGGUUUCAUGCCACUAACCUCUCCCGUACAGAUUUGCUGUGCACUUGGGAUUUUUACGAGCAGACUGUCGCUGUUCCCAUGUACAGAAUCAUCCCACCGCUGAAUCAACUGGACCUGCUGAGGAAUCUGAAGGGAAAGUCAUUCAGGAAAGAUUCUCAGGCAGAAACCUCACCCAGUCGAAAAGCCAGUCUGAAGGACAAGGUGUUUCCCAGUCCUUCCAAACCCCCCAUGGUUAAGGGGAAAGCACCCUCUCCGGGGGCAGAAGACGGGACUGAAGCCAGCCCAAGCAAAGGCACCAAGAGCUGGAGCAGAGUCCGAGGUGGCGCCUCUCGCCAAAACUCAGAUGUGCUGAUUGAAAUGCAGGAUGAAGACUUUGGACUGAAGAGUUCUCCAGCAAUUGAAGGUUUAAUAAAGGCGAGCCUCCCUGGAGAGGAAAUCGGUGAUGAUAAGAGCUGUCACUGUGAGUUUUUUACCCAGGAAUUACCUCCAGGACUCAAAGUUACUAUUAGGGCUAUUUGCGUCAUGAAGUUCUUGGUGUCAAAGAGGAGGUUCAAGGAGAGUCUGCGGCCUUAUGAUGUGAUGGAUGUGAUUGAGCAGUACUCUGCAGGCCACCUGGACAUGCUGUGUCGCAUUAAGAACCUGCAGUCCAGGAUAGAUAUGAUUGUGGGGCCCCCUCCCCCAACAACACCACGCCAUAAGAAGUCCACUGAAGGUCCUAGAGUUGACCAGAUUGUUGGUAAAGGCUCCAAAGUGGAUGGAGAGGGAGUGGAGGACCAAAGCAUGAUGGGACGACUUGUUAAAGUGGAGAAACAGGUUUUCUGCAUGGACAGAAAACUUGAUUUUCUGGUCAAUGUGUAUGUCCAACGUAUGGGCAUCACUCAUUCAGAAACAGAGGCCUUUUUUAACUCCAAGGAGUCGUACCCAGCACCGCCUUACCACAGCCCGGAGGAGACCAAGGAAGAGAAGGAUGAAGAUGAGGCGACCAAGGUGGAAAAGAAAGCCAAGACGCGUUCUGCCUUGGCAGAUGUCUCCCAUUCUGAUAGGUCUCUGGAAAAGAAAGAUCCUUUACUCGGUCAGCCCGUGGCACAGUCGGUUGGCACUCCAUCUGGCAGUAAUAGCCGCCCCUCCACUUCAUGGCAGCACCAGCUGCAGCAUCCCCUCAGCCAGCCUGCCUGGGGCAGCAGCAUGGCCAACACCCCUUCGCCCGUCUUAGCCGUCGGCGGCCAGUCGCCCACUGUCUUCCGUCUGCCUCCACCGCCCGCACCGACACAUGAUAGGUCGUCUUCAGGCGUGUGCGGGAGCGGUAGAGAGAGGGGCUCUCAAGGCAGGCGACGCCACAGGAAACACAGGUGUCAGCGCGACGCCACACCCGUGGAGAGCGACACCUCCCUCUCCAUCCCGUCUGUUGACCACGAGGAGCUGGAGCGUUCCUUCAGCGGGUUCAGCAUCUCUCAGGCGAAAGAGGACUUCUUUGGGCCGUCUUUCUUUGCAGGUUCAGGAGGAGGAGGCAGUGCAGCCGCUGAAGCUGUAGGUGGACGCUCAAUCUGUGCCAGGGUCCGACCGUUUAUAGCUGAAGGGGAGUCAGAUACUGACUCAGACCUGUAUGCUCCGUCGCCGCUGUCCUUCACCGGAGACGUGUCCUGUGGUGAGAGGGGCUGGCUGGGAUUGAAGUAGGCCAGAGGACUGCUCUGCCCAGGCUGGAUGUGACACAUCAGUGCCAAGACGAGAUCAUCAGAUCUCCUGUCCAACAGGCUUACCACCCACUAUGAUGAUGUUUUAGACAAUGGAUUCACAUGAGAGGCUGCACAUUAUGACAGAGGUUAUAUUGCUACAAAUGAUAGUCAGAUAACCUAGAAAAAACAGAGGUCAUGUUUUCUCACUUUUUCUGUUAAUAAUCAAACUUUUCACUCGCAUUGCUUCAUAUAUUUUGUGGAAUUUAAAAUAUUGGAUAAACGUUGAGGCCCCAUCAAUAACAACACUGGCAGUUGAAUUUUAAAUGUCCAUUAUUUCUAGUUGGAGAUUAUUCCAACAUCUUCCUCUAUCCUCUCUAAUAUUUCUUCUUUAUAAACUUCAAGUGUAAUUCAAAACGUUGUAAGACUUAGAACAAAUGGUAGGCAAUGCUAAAGCAAAAGACGGUUUGAAUUUGGAUGUGUUAAUGUCGGUUAACACAUACCGGGUGAUAUUAUUGCCUCCUGCUGGUACAACUGGGGUACUACAUUGUUUUUGACUGGAAUCCAUCCAUCCAUUUUCUGGUCACCUUUCUCCCUAACGGGGUCGGGAGGUGCUGGUGCCUAUCUCCAGCAGUGUUCCAGGCGAGAGGCGGGGUUCACCCUGGACAGGUCGCCAGUCCGUUGCAGGGCAACACAGACACAAACAGGACAAACAACCAUGCACACACACUCACACCUAAGGAGAAUUUGGAAAGACCAAUUAACCUGACAGUCAUGUUUUUGGACUGUGGGAGGAAGCCGGAGAACCCGGAGAGAACCCAUGCACGCACAUGCAAACUCCGUGCAGAAAGACCCCGGAAUCAAACCCAGGACCUUCUUGCUGCAAGGCAACAGUGCUACCAACUGUGCCACUGUGCAGCCCACCUUGACUGGAAUCACCAAUCACAAAUGCAGAUUUUGUUUUUGUUAGUUCAUAAAAUUACAUGGAAAAGUGAAGACGAGAUGAUGAACAAGAAAGAGUGAAUUAUAUACCUUUUGCAAUCUGAUAUCGGAAUAUGAUUUAGAUUGUCAAAGGUUUUUAAAAGUUCAUAAUGCCACUUUUAUGUUCAAAACAUUUUGCAUUUGAAAAAAAAAAUACUGAGAGUUUGUGUAAUGUGAAGUUGUUAGUAUAACGUUCUGUAAACCUCUAUAUCUUUGAAUGACUUGAGGUAUUAUGAUGCCAAACCCAUUGUUAUGGUAAUUGGACAGAUUCUUGCAGAGUAAAAACAAAUAUGCUUGCUUAUAACAUGUUUAAUUCAGCCUGCAGUAAAACGAAAAAGACAAAGAACCAUCUCCCCUUAAAGUAAUACCAAUAUUUGCAGAGCGGUAAAACAGAGAACCUCCUGCAUGGCAUGUUAAAUGGUUGAUUUUAGGACUGUUAGGUAGACUAAACCAAAGCAGCAACAGCAAAAAAGUUACCUCAACUACAUUGUUUUAAUGUUCUGCAAAGGAGUGCAUAAAACACAAUAUGCAUGCACGAGAGCUUUCAAGCUAGCUUUUUUAAUGCUCCUAAAGGCUUUGCUUGAUUUCCAAUCAUGCAAAUGCUGCCUGAGCUUGUAAAAUCCCAAAACCUACACAACGUUUUUAGGCAGACUUGAGUGUAAUGUUAAAUAUAAGCAAAAAAAAAAAAAAAAAAAAAAAAAAGGAAAAAAGGGCUGACUUUGAUGCAGCUUGUAGACUUUUCUGGGUUUCACACCAAAUACAUCCUUGGAGUUGGAUUGUCUAACUUUACUCAGACAUGAUGGUGUUUAUCCUAAAGUGCAUUGAUCUUUCUAGUAGAUUUUCUUUUGCUAUUUUGGUUCUGCAACAGAAAAAAUAAAUGCAAGAAGCAAACAGGGCAAAAGAGAACCAUCUUUAAACACUCAAGUCUUAUUUUCAACUGGCUCCAUUUUAUAAAUAAAUCAAUAAUUUCUUUUUUUAAUGUUUUGUGAAACAGUUGAUCUUCAGUCAGUCUGAUUUUAAAACAUUUCAUUUAAAUUCAGUUUAAACAUGCAGCAUUUAAUAAUUUCUGUCAAGAACAGCUCCUAUUUGUUAUAACCAACCCCCAACAUUUUAACAUUAAAACUCUAACAUGAACAUCAUAUCAAGAAAUAUCAUUUAUUAGAGACUGUUAGUACAAAAUCCACAUUUUACCAAAAGACAAGGCAGAAACCUGCAGGCAUGUUUUUUUAAAGAGCAAAUGGAUUAAAUCUAAAAGGUUUUGGAGGCCAGAGAACAGGUUAAAGUUGUAACUGCUGCACCUUCAUCUUCUUCAAGAAUAAAACUUUGUACAUUA